AUGAUUACAACUACUGCCCUUGUCCUCCUCCUUGGCUAUGUCACCGGAGUAGGGAUCUACAGGCUCUACCUCAGCCCUAUCGCCAAGUUUCCGGGUCCAAAACUUGCCGCCCUGACAGGACUGUACGAAGCCUACUUUGACCUGGUCCCUAAGGGUGGUGGGCAGUUCCCAUUCGCCAUUAAGCGCAUGCACGACAAGUACGGGCCGAUCGUGCGCAUCAACCCGGAUGAACUGCACAUUGACGACCCAGACUUCUACGAUACGCUGUACCCGACCAGCAAGCCUUACGACAAGCUGCAGCGGCUGGAAAACCGCUUCGGAAUCCCAGGGGCCACGUUCAGCACAGCCCGCCAUGAGGUGCACAAAAUACGCCGAGCAGCCAUCAGCCCCUUCUUUGCCAAGUCCAAGGUGCGUGAGCAGACGGGCGACAUCCAGGCGCUUAUGAACACCAUCUCGCACCGCAUGACGACUGAAUACGCCGGCACCGGCCGUUUGCUCAACCUGCACGACGUCUGGCGUUGUUUCGCCGCCGAUAACAUCAUGGACCUGGUCUUUGGCUCUCCACUGGACCUGCAUCUGUCCCCCGAUUUUCGCGCCCCUUUCACCGGAGCCAUCACGCGUGUCACCAACUUUUCGCACGUCACCCGUUAUCUGCCCAUAUUGGGGGCCUUGACCGACAGCCUGCCUUACUCGCUGGCAAAGCAGUUGUUCCCCCCUUUCAAGCCCAUCAUUGCGUACCGGGAGGAAAUGUCUCGACAAACCGAUGCCAUCCGCGCCAGUCAUGAAGCCGCUGACGGUCACAACAAGCCUCGACUAGGACAGACGGGUCACGCCACCGUCUUCCACGAGAUGCUGGCCUCCAACCUACCCCGCGAGGAACUUGCCCACAAGCGCAUGCAGCACGAGGCCGAGUCCCUCAUUGGUGCCGGCCUCGAGACCACCGCCUGGACGCUAGCGCUCGGCAGCUUCUACAUCCUCCAUGAUUCUCAGAUCCACGCCAAAUUACAAACUGAGCUGACCGCCGCCAUCCCUGAUGCCGCUCACAUCCCCCCGUGGGCCACACUUGAGACGCUACCCUACCUCACCGCCGUCGUCAAAGAGACCCUGAGAAUGGGCAUGGGCGUCAUCGAACGCCUCGUCCGUAUCAACCGCAACCCCAACACCCCCUGGAUCUAUAAGGGCACCGUCAUCCCUGCCAACGUCGCCGUCAGCAUGGACCAAUACCACAUGCUGAUGAACGAACGCGUGUUCCCGGACCCCACCGUCUUCAGACCCGAGCGCUGGCUGAACGACCCCCGCGGUCCCGACGGCAGACACCCGCUCACCCACUACCUGACAGUCUUUGGCCGAGGCACGCGCAUGUGCCUGGGCUCUAACCUGGCCUACUCAGAACUAUACAUUGGCUUCACCACCCUGGUCAGGAGACACAAGUUGCGGCUCGUCGACACGACGGUCCGUGACGUGGCCUUUUAUGCCGAGAAUACCAUCUUGUCACCUUGGCCCGGGACCAAGGGAAUUCGGGUUCUGGUGGAUAGCUAG